AAAAUGGAAGUUCAAAAAACUGAAAAAACUGAAAAGUCUGAAAAAGAGACUCAUAAUAAGAUUGAUGAUUUUGAUAAUUUUGAAAUAGAUGAGGAUGCUUCUCGAUGUUCCAACGGAAUUAUUACUUCUAAUAGUUAUGAAGAACUUGAUAUCAAAAUCGAUUUACACGAUUUCGAUAUCGAAUAUAAAGUCUUUGAUCACAUUCUAGUAUUAUUUGGAAAAAGAAAACAUCAUUCUAAUACUUCAUCACCGGAAAAAGGUCGUCGAUAUCAAGCUUUUGUUCGUCCAAUUUUAUUAUCUCCUGAUAUGAACUCUGAUAAAAUUGUUAAGGAGGUAGAAAAUGGAAUUACGCACAUUAAAGUUCCAAAAAAUGGAACUUUUAAGAAAUUAUUAGUAAGUUAUAAUUAA